CCCCCCUGCACACAGAUUGGCUCCUGGCCCUCGCUCCUGGCCAAUCAUUACCCUUCCUGACCUUCCCUCUCCACUAAAGGCUUGUGACUCUUCUCGAACCUGCAGCCCAGCAGCUAUGUCUUCACUGUGGAGGAACCUGAAGGCAGCUCGCCCUCUCCUUUCCCCUCAUCUCUCGGGCCUCUCCUCCGCGCGUCCGCGUCCUGCAGCCGCUGCCCAGGCUCCGUGCGUCAAUCCCCGCAGAGGGUUCUCCGAGAAACGCUUCAAUGUUCCGCCCAGCGCCGAGUUCGUGGCGCGGGUGUCGGGGAUCCCCACCAUGGCCAAGCUCCCCUUCCAGGAGACGGCGGACGGGCUGGACGCGGCGUUUGUCGGAGUCCCGAUCGACACCGGGACCUCGAACCGGCCCGGAGCCAGGUUCGGUCCCCGUCACAUCCGGGUGGAGUCGGCCAUGCUGAGGUCGUACAACAGUGGCACCAGGGCGGCGCCUUACGAGUCCCUGAUGGUGGCCGACAUCGGGGACGUCAACGUGAAUGUGUACGACUUGAAGGACACCUGCAAACGCAUCAGGGAGGCGUACAGGAAGAUCCUGGCCACCGGCUGUAUCCCUCUGACGAUGGGUGGCGAUCACACAAUUGCAUAUCCAAUCCUGCAAGCUGUCGCUGAGAGGCACGGCCCGGUGGGUCUGGUCCAUGUGGACGCUCAUGCUGACACCAGUGACGUGGUCCUGGGGGAGAAGAUUGGACACGGGACUCCAUUCAGACGCUGUGUGGAGGAAGGGCUACUGGACUGUAAGAGAGUGGUGCAGAUCGGCCUGCGGGGUUCAGGCUACUCUGCCGACUCGUACGAGUGGAGCCGGGCGCAGGGUUUCCGUGUGGUCCAAGCAGAAGAGUGCUGGUUCAAAUCUCUGGAACCCCUGAUGGCUGAGGUCCGGGCUCAGAUGGGCAGCGGCCCAGUGUACCUCAGUUUCGACAUCGAUGCUCUUGACCCGGGCUUCGCCCCUGGAACAGGAACACCGGAGAUAGCAGGGCUCACUCCCAUCCAGGGAGUUGAGAUUAUCCGAGGCUGUCGUGGUCUCAAUCUUGUCGGAUGUGAUCUAGUGGAGGUGUCACCACCUUAUGACACCACAGGGAACACUGCGCUGACUGGUGCCAACCUCCUCUUUGAAAUGUUGUGUGUCCUCCCAAAAGUUAUAUAUCACUGAUCAGAAUAGACCUCACAGCACAGGACACACAAUCAAGACCUGAAUACCAAAUCCAGUUCUGCUGAAUCAGCUGGUAUCAAAGGGAAAUCCUUCCUUUAAUCAAUAAAAUAAAACUUUUGAUUAUAACCAUCAAUGGGGUGAAUUCAGUAUUGAAAACCAACUGAGAUGUUUUUUUCGUUUAAACUAACUUGCCAAAGAAAUUCAUAUAUACGGCACUAUCAUAAAUCAAUAUAUAUUCACCUUGUUUUUCAAGCUGCUUGUUAACAAAAUGUUUACAUACAAUAUUUACAUCGCACAGUAUCAACAAAUGUAUCACAGUUGUAGGGUUCAUGUCAAGUUUGAUUUAUCAGACCUGGAGCUGCAGAUACACAUAUCUGAUAUUACAUCAAAUACAUUUUGUCUUAAGAAACUAUGAUACAAAGAAAUAUGUAAAGUGCAGUAUUUCAACGCCUGGUGAACUGAAGGAGAUCUGUGUUUCUUAUGGGAACUUUUUUUUUUUUCUUAUAAUUGUUAAGCUCUCACUCAAACUGUGUAAAGUGCCUUGUGAUAAUGUAUGUUAUUAUUUAUAAAUAAAUAUACAAAUCAAAUGGAAUUGAAAAAAACCUUGUCUUAAAUGAAUAAUCUCAUGCUUCUGAGUUAUAGGAGGUAAAAUAAUCAGUAAAUUAUUGAUCUGAUGUCUGUUUACACUUGUGAUGAUGCAUCCUGUGUAUGAUGUCAUAUUCAUGUAAACAUUUGCUACAUGUUUGAUGAAAAUAUAAUUUAUUUAUAAACUGUA